AUGUCGUUACCUCUUUUUGGGAACAUGUGCCCCUUUUUUAUAGAGAGGUGGAAGUGGAAGUUUGCACAAUAUUUUGAUGUGGGACUUCGGGCAAGUUGCUGUGGUGGUGACAAGUGUUCGUGGGUUAGUUUUUGUAGUGGAGAGCUUCAGCAACUAACUUUGGCAGGCAGUUGCCGUAUUGGAGGGGGGCGUUAUGAUGUCGUCGAUGUUAUCUUCGGCAAGCUUUUGGGUAUGUUCGUGUUCCAGUUCCUAGUGCCGAAUAGGACCUGGGGACAAUCCAAAGCCGUUGGCAUUGUCAUUUCAUGA